CGGUCAGUUCCACGAGACGCAGACUCGGCGUCUGUUGUUAGUUGUGAAAGCUUGUCAGUCCCCGGCAUGACAGAAAAACAGUAUCGUCAGUGACAGUGAAGACUUGGACAUAAUCGUUGGGUUUGUCAGUGUUUAUCGCCGCUCUGCGUGGGAGACUGCGCGGCGGUUGGCGGCGCUUUGUAACCGCUCCGGACUGACCGUCUCAGGCAGAGAGACAUGAGUUGGGCUGAGGAGGACUGGACAGUAGGGCUGUCUGGACGCGUCCUGCAAAAGGUGAAGGAGCUGCAGGUACAUCAUGAGCGACUAUCAAGAGAGAACAAGCAGAAACAGCUGCAGUUGGACAACAUCCAUACAAGCCUUGAAAAACAGGUUGUAAAGUAUGACGAGGUGCGUGGAGAACUUCAGUCUGUGCAGCGGGAGCUCCAGAGUGUUCGUGAGGAGGCCAAGGGGGCAGUGAUCAGCAGGGAGCGCUUGACACAGGACCUUCAGACCAAGCAGGCACAAGUAUGCUCCUUGGAGGGCCAGCUAGAUGCUACUCGCACCCUCAACAACAAACUCACCCAGGAAGUCAAAAGACUGGAGGCCGAGCUGGAGAAGCUACAGGACAGAAAUAAAUUGGCAGAUACCACUCUGUUUUCUACUCCAUGUUGGAGCACACCCUCACCAAGGGAACAGAAUGGGAGCAGAAAGGGUGAGGAGAGGUUGGGACAUGGAGAUGAAACACAGAGCCAAGCACCUCACGUUCGACAGCGACUCCAGUUCUCAGACAUGCACACAAAUUCACUGCCAAGACAACACAAGACCACACCCCAUCACCGGCUGUCGGACCAAUUAGAGUCCUUCUCCACUCCCUUGGCUGUGUUUCCGUGGGAACGAGAUGACACCAGGCAAACAGCCAGAAGACAAUCCCCGUCCUCUCCCCAGGCGCCCUGUACUGAUAUCAUCAGUCAAGGCCAGCCAACCCCGGGGCAUUUGGGGAAGGACAACAGGACAGAGAUGGACACAUCACUGUCAGAAAUGCAGAGUCGUGUGUCUUGUCUGGAAGAGGAGCUGUCAGUGAAGGCCAAGGCGAUGACAUCGAUUCAGAGCAACUUGGGGCAAACCAAAAAGGAGUUGGCUGCCCAAGAGAUCAGCCUACAGAAAGCUUGCUGUGAACUCAGCCUGGCUCACACCCGCAUUACCCAGGAGAGUGAAAGGGCAUCAGGAGCUGAGCAAAGGCUGAAGCAAUUACAAGAGGAGCUGAGGUGUCAGAGACAAAACGCUGAGAGCAGUCGACUGCAGCACCAGCAGCGCAGCAAAGAGAUGGAGAAACAACAUCAGAGGGAUGUAACAGAGCUCCAGAAAGAGAGGCAACAGCUGGAAAAGCAGCAUCGGGAGGAGGUGAAUAAGCUCAACCAGGAGCUCCAACAGGCCAGGACCCUGCACAAUGCUCUGCAGGCCCAGGCGGACAAGCUAUCUCUACAGAAACAAGUGCUAGAGAAAGAGUUGGACAUGCUGAAAGAGAAACUGAAGUGGACGGAGGGACAGUUGCAGGAGAGCCAGAAGAAAGAAGCUCAGACACAAGCCAAACUAACGGAAGCGCUACGUGAGGCAGAGGGUGUGGCAGUGAGUCUGGAGCAGAGCAGGAAGAGAGAGCGAGGUCUGGAGGAGGAGGGGAGGAGACUGGCAGAAGAGCGAGCUGACGCCCUGCGUCUCCUCAAAGACCUGCAGGAACAAAAAGCUGCACCAGCACCUCCAGUUCAGCCUGUGCAGUUUUGCCCUGUUGGACAAAGUUCAUACCCUCCUCCGUCGUACCCACUUCAUUCUCGGCAGUCCACACACACUAAAAAGCCCACCACCCGAGCUGAACAAAAGAAGAAAGAAGAGGAUGUAGACGAGAGAGGAGCAGAGUUUUCAGCGCCUUACCCGUCUGAAAGAGAGCCAGGAGAAGGCAUCGACUCUGAACACAUAUCCACAGACUCGGAGGCUUUACAAACGGUAGGACACAGAAGAAACAGUAAUGGAGAAAAGAACAAUAGUAGAAGUGAAAUGAUCAAGUGUGACAGCUCUGGAACAAAGGGGCACUCCACAUUUGGUCAUGUACACUCUAGUGAAUCUCCCUCAGCUCCUGAUGCGUACACCAACACCUCUGUGGAUGCUAAUAACUGCAGUGUGAGACUUUCCGAUGGUGGGACUCCUUCUGUUAAGCCUGAGCAGACUAAAGCUUCUGAAGACCUCAAGAGGGAGAAUGCCAUGCUGCGGUCAGAGAUAAAAGAUGUGCGUGAAGAACUCCAGAAACGGCUGGAGGACCUGGAAGCCCAACGGCGGGCUGAAGCAGAGGCCAGGACCCGGCUCAAGCAGCUGAGCCGUAAACAUGCCAGCCACGCCGUGGAGAAGGCGGAACAGGACAAGGAAUGGAAGGCAAAACUGGAGAGUGAGAGAGCUGAGGUGGAAAGACUGAGGAAGGACAUGGUUGGUUUGGAGACAGAGGUGAAGAGUAGUAAGGAGGAAAGAGAAAAGAAGGAGCAAGAGGACCAGGAAACGAAGAAAAACAAAGCGCUAGAAGACAGAGAGAGUGAAAUGAUAGAACUUAAUAUUCAGUUGAAGAAGCAGCUAGCAGAUGUAAAAGCCCAGUUGGCGUUAGAACGAGAAGAGAGACAGCAAGAGGACAAGGAGAGGAACCAAGCUUCAGUCUUAGACACAGAUGUUAAAAAGGAGCUGAGCACAAAAUUGGCAGAACUUCAAGCUGAAUUGGAAGAACUUAAGUGCAGCAAGAAAGAAGAUGAGAGAGCAGGAGAGGAGAGAUUCCUGCUUGCAAACAGUCCGCUGACAUACCUGUCUCUCCAUGAUGAUGAGCUCAACUCAAACAUUGUCCAUCGUGACAAUAAACUCGUCCUUUCUCCUGAGCAGCACCUUCUCUUCUGUCAGUCCACCAACCAGCUCAACACGCUUGUAUCUCAGGGAACAGCAGAUCUUAUUCAAAAACAAACGGUGAUAGAUCCUGAAUGCUCACCUCUGUCAGGUGCGGGUCAAGCAUAUCAAAUCCCUUCUGAAUUGGAAGACACUAGACAAAACUGUCUGGUAGGGACUGUUCUGUCCGACCAGAGAGAUGACAUUUCUCACCUGCACAAAUGUGAGUCUGCUCCCUCACAUUUGGAAAACGAGGUGGCGCACCUGCACAAAGAGAAAGCAAAGGAAACUGAACGUGCCAACCAGAACCAGGUUAAACUAGAAGCCCUGCAGAGCCAGGUGACACGUCAGACACAGCAGCUUACAAUGGCUUUUGAAAAGCAGAGUCAGCACAUCUCGGGCCUUCUAGCCGAGCUGCAUGAAAAAGAGAUCGCCCUCCUCAGACAGGGAGAGGAAAUGCAACGAUGUAAGCUAGAACUGGAUGCUUUACAGACCGAAAAGGAGGUGGAAAAGGGUCAAAGGGAAGGCAGACUUGAUGUGAAGUUGACUAAUCCCGCAGAGCUUCAGCCCAAUGAGAAAAAGGGUUGUGCUGCCACCGUGGAUACUACAUGUUCACUAGCAGAUGUGGGAUCUACUGCACGGAUAGAUGAAAAUCCCAGAGCACAUGUUAGUAGUGAAGAAGACAAUGAAGCACAAUUAUUAGAGGACUCGACCAAGACUAAGAGUAACUAUGGCUCCAUUUUUCGGAGAGAGGAGACUGAGUACAGUCAAGAUGGACGAUCGGCACAUGAUGCUGCAGAACUGCUCGCUCUGCGACAAGAGAAUUGUCUGCUGAAACAAAGAAUAGAAAGCCUGACUGUCUCUGACACUGGCGGCCUAGCAUUACACACCCACACUGAAAGCAAAGAAGACCCAGUCGAGCAAAACCCAGGACAUACUGUUGUGUUCUGCUCGACACAGCAGGGGCCAUUUAGUGAGGAGAAUGACAUCACCACUGAGGGUCAGGAGUCACUGCUGCAGAAUGAAAAGAGAAGAGAAGAUAAAAGGACAACAAGGGCUCAAAAGACAUUUGAGGAAGUGUCUCAUCUUCAGAUCAAACACCUAGAGCAACAGGUGGUGGCACUGCAGGGGAAAGUACGGGCUCUCUCUGAGGAGACCCAGCAGCAGAAUGAGGAACUUGCACUGUGGAGACUGGCCACCCAACCAGCCCCAACAUUUGACCAGAUCCUUCCCAUCAAAGAUGACCACUAUCAAAUCUCUGCUGCUGUAAAAUCACAGUCAAACCAGCAACACACUGAUGAGACAACCAAUGACCCACCAGGGACGAAGAGCGAGGCUCUGGCGGGCCAGAUACGGGUUAUUCAGCAAACUCCCAGUCAUGUGGCAGUCGUCAGAGAAGAUGAGUUACUCCUCUCCUGCUCUUCCAACAAACUGCAGGGCCAGAUGUUGUUCUCCAGACUACAGCACAGCAACGUCCCUGAACCAGUGAGUUCCCAAUACUUUAAAAAGACUGCAGCACUUAAGGAACACAAUCAGGACACUGUCAACAUUGACGAGGAAUCUGAAAAAGAAAAUCAGGAGAGAAAUGUCAUACAAUCACAGCACAAAGACAAGCAUGACACUGAAGUUAUCCAAAUGUCAUUAGAGACAACGGGUCAACACAUUACCAAAGGACCGAACAAUACAAAAACAGAGUGUCACCCAGAGAAUCCUGUGUCAAACCCAAAGGUUUCCAGAGCAUCUGAUGAAACAAACACGACCGAGAUGAAGAGUGUCAGCAGUCAAACGGAGGAGAGCUUGGAUCCUCCAACAGCAUCUAAACUCCACUCUGCAUACACACAGACUGAGGAGGAGGAAGUAGACAUAGUGGAUUCACCCCCUGUCUCCCCCAUUCCUUUAGCUCAGGCAGCAGUGUCAGCAGAGAAGAUGCUGUUUUCAGGUUCCUUCCCCAUCCCAGCUGACCCGGCUCGUUUAGCUGAAAGAAUCCGCCGGAACAGGACUCAAUUGUCUGCUGCCUUCGAUGACACGGAGUAUGAGCCGUAUGGACUGCCGGAAGUUGUCAUGAAAGGUUUUGCCGACAUACCCAGUGGCCCCUCGUGUCCCUACAUUGUGAGAAGAGGUUUAUUGGGGACAUCUGUUGUACCUGUCCCUCAGAAAGACACAGGAAAGGAAGAGGAGACGGAUUAAAAAAAAAGAAAACACAUCCACAGGUCUGGUGGCACUGAACUAAUGUUUAAUGACACUGGAGCUCAGUGAUGAAGAACAGCAGCUCUACAAAGACACACUCCACUCACCAGUGACCUGAACCACUUCAGUCUUUUACAGCAACACAAACAUUUCCCGUCACGUGGACAUCCAUUCAUGUGUUUACAGGUAACAGGUCCUGCAGUGGGGAAAAAACUAAACACUUCCAUCACUGUGGAUCCGAAAUGUCUCCGUGGACACAAGUUGAUCCUGUGAUUGUUGUGUGGAAAGACUUUAUUAUUACACUCACCUGUAUAUUUAGGUGCAGAGGUGCUGCUGAUUUAGGGAUGACACGAUAACAAAGGGAUCAUUUUUAGUGACUCUGAAUGAGCGCUUGGGUCGAAACCAACCGUGGCCUGUUUUUAAUGAAAUGCUGACUCGCUGAUGCUUUUCUAAACACACGCUUGUCAAGAUAAGUGUGGUGUGUUUGCCAAAAAAAGGGUGAAGUCAAGAAGGGCCUCUUUGGGAAAAUUUGAUAUAUACCUGACCAUAUAUAUAUAUAUAUAAGUCAUGAAGUAGCUUUUUUUAUUAUGGACACUUGAAUGUGAGGACAGCUGGUUACAAACCCGUGAUAAACCAUAGUGUAAAGGUGUGUGAGGUGAUUAGCCGUGAAUAAAAACAUGAGUUUAGUCUUGAAAUUGUUUGUAUACGUGUGUGAUUGUGAUGAGGAGAGAGAGAGAGAGAGAGCCGAGCACACGCCUAUGACUCAGUCUGCUCUGCACUGGUUUCCGCUCCAUGUAUGGUGAAGUAUACUGUGCUCGCUCUCUCUCUCUCUGUCUCCUGCUUUGCUUUCCCUUUCUUACACUGAUGAGACUCAUCUGUCUCUGACUCUGAGACGACCUCACAAAAAAAACGGAACUUCUGUAUUUAUCUCGUUUCACAUUCAUUUCGACUAAAUUAGCUUUUGCGGUGGACUUUCUUUGUUGCACAUUUGCGACUGUGACAAAUGAUCAAAAUGCCACGUGUAUGAAUUCUGUAGUUUGGACGUUCAUGGACAGGUUUUUUUUUUUAAUAUACAUUGUACCUGAAGAUAAUCACCACUCAACAAGGUUUCCCAGGUUGUUUGUAAUGAUAACACACGCUCAAAGUUACAUAUAAAGGGCUACAGGUCAUUGAAUUCUAAGCAUUGCUGCUGUUAUCUGGCUGCAAAGAUAUCACUUGCUUAAGCAGUGUCCAAAAUCCUCAGUCCUGGUCAAAUUUGACACUUGCUUGUUGUCAGUGAUGCAGUACAUUUACAGGUCAAAUCUAAAACAUGAUUUGCACAGAUUUACUGAGAGAAUCAACCAACAAGUGUAAAAACAGGCCUUGACAGACAGUACAAAUGGAAAUGAAUCUUUACAGCUUUAUGCUUCUCUAGACAAUGAUGUCAACAAAACUAUGAACUCUUCUUACUACAAAGACUAGUCUGAUUCGUCUACCUUAGAUGACAGAAGCCUUUGUCCUGCUUUAACUGCGCUGACAUUGCUUUUUCAAGGUUUCCCUUUCUGCCAGUAUUUAAGGCUCGUUUUGUAAAUAUACAUAAAAAGCAUGUUGGUGUUUUAUUAAAGAAUAUGAAGUCCUUUAAAACCUUUGCUGCUCUGUCUGUCACUGAUAUUUGAGAUUAUUUAAACCCACGUUUUUUUUUGUACAUUUGUGUCAAAAAGGAUGUAAAUUCAUUUAGUUUAUUUAUGUUAACAUUUCAUGUUGAAUCACUCCUUUCUGGUCUUGGCUUGUAACAGUUACAUGCAUGUCUCGGUAUCAGUUGUCAUGGCAACACCAUCCCACACACAAACACACACUUGUGCUGCCUUACCUUCAUAUCCCUGGGAUCUGUAGUUCUUUGGCAGUGAGGUGGACCCGUCAGAGCUCAGUUCACUGUUGUUGAGUUGUUGCCUUGUUUUGGACACUUUACUGUAACUGUAUCGAUGUUCUGUUGUUGACUACAAUAAAAGGCUGAUUCUUAUCGA